GGAAGCGAAGGGGGGAAGGAGACCCCCGCCCAUUUCCUGGCCCAGUGGAAGAUCGAGUGCCUUUUCCUCAAUGGGACACAGCGGGUGCGGUUCCUGUUCAGGCAGAUGUACAACCGGCAGGAGCUUGUCCGCUUCGACAGUGACCUCGGGAAACAUGUGGCCAUUACGGCAUUGGGGCAGGUGGAUGCGGACUAUUGGAACGGAGAUAAGCAGGUCAUGCAGUACCGGAAGUCUGCUGUAGAUUCCUUCUGCCGAUACAACUACUUCGAGUUGAACUUCGAGGCGGCCAGGAGGGAGGAACGAGCGAUCGGCCGGAGAA